CUCUGUUCUCUGGUUUUGUUUUUAAUGUACGAUGUCGGAUGCGGUAAAUGAAAAAUGACUAUUUGGAAUUUCUUAUUGGUUUUAUACUUCAUUAGACAAUGAAGUUGUAACUGUAAUUACUUAAAUAUUAUCUACUAUCUGUAUGUGAUUUCACUAGCCACUUAUUAGUUAUGGAUAACAUUAAGAAAUAUAUAACAAGUCUCUUGACUUCUACACCCUUAUCGGUGACAAUGCAGCAGUUGAACAGAGAUUAUAGGGAUACUAUUGGUGAACCUAUUCCUUACCAGAAGUUUGGGUUUAACUCUCUUGAACAUUUUCUACGAUCAAUUCCUGAAAUUGUCCAGAUUCGAGGAUCUGGUCCAUGUGCAGAGGUUAUUCCUGUGGAAUCUGAGAAGUCAUCACAUGUUAUGGAGUUGGUGUCUAACCAGAAAAGAUCUACUUCAAGAAAAAAAUAUUCAUAUUAUGGAAGGAGAACGGUCAUUAGUGCCAAGAAAGAAUAUUGGAAACAUUACCAACAACAUCCCGAAGAGCAUAGAGCAAGGAUCCAAUAUCCAAAUGUUUCAUGUCAGCAGCCUAAUAACAGACCUAUUGAUUUAAUCAAGCUUCCAGUUAACUAUUCAAUGAACGAGAAUCAUAUAAAAACAUCAGAAAAUACAAACAAAAUCAAAAUUAUAAAUCUUCAAGGUGAAUUGUCAACAUCGAAGAAAUCUCACAAAGUAAACAACAAUGUUUGUGAUUCAAGUCUACUCCAAAAUGGGGAAAAUAAGGUUGUUAAACACGUUGAAUCCUUGAAAACUCCAGAGAUUGUUAAAGAUAUUCAGAAUUGCAACAAAUUCUCCACUGCUUUGCCAAAAACUUCGGUAAGGAGUCAUAAAAAGAAACCUCAUCAUUCAGAAAGAACUAAACCACCGUUAGAGAACUUCGAGAAUUUUGUCCCUCAGACUGUUCAAAAUAAUCUCAAAAUAUUGAUUGGGCAGUAUCCGAAUGGAAUAUGGUGUGCUAAUAUUCCAGAAGUUUACAGGUGCAGUAUGUUGGAUGACAUCAAAAAUAAAUUGAUUGUAUCCUGCAUCAAUAGGCCAUUUUCUGGUGAUCCUCUGCAGUAUGGACCUGGAGGGUAG